AUGUCUGACAUUACUGACAGAAUAGCUGCUGCACGUAAAGAGGCAGAAACGUUAAAAGAAAAAAUUAAGAUGAGAAAAGAUACACUGGCUGACACUUCUCCUGAAAUUGAAUCUCUACCAAGAGUCGUUAUGAAAGUUCGUCGAACUCUUAAAGGACAUCUUGCCAAAAUCUAUGCUAUGCAUUGGGCUUCAGAUAAACGUCAUCUUGUCUCAGCUUCACAGGAUGGUAAACUUAUUGUUUGGGAUGCACCUACUACAAAUAAGGUUCAUGCUAUUCCCCUUAGAUCUUCAUGGGUUAUGACAUGUGCCUACGCACCAUCAGGAACAUUUGUUGCUUGCGGUGGUUUGGAUAAUAUUUGCUCAAUUUAUAACUUGAAAACCAAAGAAGGUUCAGUUAAGGUCGCUCGAGAAUUGGGAGCUCAUACAGGAUAUCUUUCCUGUUGUAGAUUUCUCAAUGAUCGACAAAUCUUAACAUCUUCAGGGGAUAUGACUUGUUUACUUUGGGAUAUCGAUGCAGGCAUGAAACUUAUGGAAUUUACUGACCACACUGGUGAUGUAAUGAGUUUAUCUCUUGCUCCCAAUCAACAAAUCUUUGUUUCCGGUGCUUGCGAUGCUACUGCUAAAGUUUGGGAUAUUCGAAAUGGUCGUUGUGUACAAACCUUUACAGGUCACGAAUCAGAUAUUAAUGCUGUACAGUUUUUCCCAAAUGGAGAUGCAUUUGGAACUGGUUCAGAUGAUGCAUCUUGUAGAUUAUUUGAUCUCCGGGCAGAUCGAGAACUAAAUCAAUAUACACAUGAUCACAUUCUUUGUGGCAUUACUUCAGUUGCAUUUUCCAUUUCAGGACGUCUUCUUUUUGCUGGUUAUGAUGACUUUAAUUGUAAUGUGUGGGAUACUUUGAAAGGAGAACGGGUAGGAGUGUUGGCAUCACAUGAUAAUCGUGUUAGUUGUUUAGGAGUAUCGAGUGAUGGUAUGGCUUUGUGCACGGGAAGUUGGGAUUCAUUAUUAAAGGUAAAUUGGUGA